UGGUUAAGGGCCCACUUUGACUUCGUCGGUGGAUAAACGGACGAUACGGCUAAAUGUGCCCAGCCCAGUCCAGUCUUGUUUCACUUUCACCAGAGAGGAUCGGCUAUGGCGGUAUCGUCUGGUUCCACCAUCAUCUCGGAGGACAUGACUGAAGAAAAUGUGCAAAAGGUCGUAGGCUUCUUAAAAAAAGUUGGAGUCUCCGCUUCCUUGACAGGACAGUUCACUUCAAAGGAUUUCUACUCCUCUAUCAUUCGCGAUCUUCUCAGUGCUCAUCGGGUCGAACGUGGCCGCGUCACCUGUUUCUUCUCCGUCAAGCCCCUUAAUUUUUAUGGUUCGAUGCAUGGAGGGGCUGUUGGAGCUAUAGCAGAGAGAAUGUCGAUUGCUUGUGCUAGAACCAUGGUGGCGGAGGAUAAGGAACUGUUUCUUGGUGAAAUGAGCAUAUCUUAUCUCUCUACAGCACCAGAAAAUGCAGAGGUAAUCGUUGAUGGAUCUGUAGUUAGGAGUGGGAGAAACUUAACUGUGGUUGCAACUGAGUUCAGAGUCAAGAAAUCUGGGAAGCUAGUUUAUACUACUCGUGCUACUUUCUAUCACAUGCCGUCUGCCAAGUUGUGAAGUUCGUAUGGUUUCACCCAUUAGAGGUUACUAGAGAUUGAUAAGUUUUAUUGGCAAGGCGGGACUGGGGCAGCCAUAUCCUCAACAGCAAGGAUAAUGCUUCCACAUGAUAGUGUCAUUUUAGCUUAUCAAAAAAAGAGCAUCAUUUUAUAUGUUUUUAGGAACUAUAUAAUGAAUAUUGAUAUAGGCUAUUUAGUGUAAUAGUAUAGACUGUUCUUGAGUUCAUAAAAUGUCUACUCUCUUUUUUUCUCUCA